AUGGAAGCCCCAACCCCCUCCGAAUCAGUCGCGCUACCUGCUGUUACUCGCUACUGUUAUCGUCCCGGACCUGAUGUCGGAGUGCGGGAUGGGGUCUUCCAGCCUGUAAUCGCAGGCAUGUAUGAUUACAAUUUUGAACUUUCGAUACCUGACAAUCCUUCCUGUUCCAGUAUACCGGCGCCGUGCUCUGCCGAGGAGCAACCGAAGCUUGUUACAAACGACAUUUCGCUCAUGUACCAGAAUGUACGCGGGCUGCGAACAAAAAUCGACGAAAUCUACUUGAGUACCGUUGACUGCCUGUACGAUGUCAUAAUGUUUACCGAAACAGGCCUGGAUGAUCGUAUUAAUUCAAUUCAACUGUUUGGUAAUUCGUUUAAUGUUUUUCGAUGCGAUAGGAGCCAUUUGAAUAGUGACAAACGGUCGUUUGGAGGUGUUUUGAUUGCCGUGGCAAAACAGUACUCAUCUGCUCUAUUCGAACCCGUACAUGGCAAACAUCUGGAGCAGGUAUGUGUUAAGGCGACCAUUCAUGGUUCUAAAUUUUUACUUUGUGCCCUGUACCUACCGCCCGAUAAACGAAACGAAGUGGCAAUCGUCGAUGCCCACAUUGCCUCUGUACGUGAACUUUGCGGCAGCAGCUCUGACAAUAGCACUGUGAUCGUUUGCGGUGAUUAUAAUCAGCCACAUAUCGCUUGGACUGCACACAGCAGCGUGAUACAGCACAACAAUUCCGUACAGCUUUCUGUGGCAAGCGCAGCACUGAUCGAUGGCAUGGACUUUUUAAACCUUUGCCAGGUUAACAUAGAGCGCAAUCAUCUUGGCCGGGUUCUCGAUUUGGUGUUUACUACUGAAACCGAUUUGUUGGUAGAAAGGUCCGUCGUGCCAUUAACACAGCCGGAUUUACAUCACCCUCCCUUACUCAUCUCGCUCCCCGCCACUCACCAUCAAGUGAUCGCUCCAGAGUGUGCUGCUUCUGUGAGAGACUCUGUUGACACCAUGGCUGCGCGCUUCUGUGAUGUUAUUCGCUUGUGGUUAUAUGAGAAUUUGCCCUUUGUAAAACCCGCUUCAACUCCUGCGUGGAGCACAAAUUUGCUUCGUCGUCUAAAGCGCGUGCGCAAUAAAUUCCAACGUAAGCAUCGUCGGUGGCGUACUAAUCAAACUAAACAAGAUUUUAAACGGGCUAGUGAAGAUUAUAGGCGGCUAAAUGCAAGCCUUUACAAGUCGUACGUCUUACGCAUUCAAACAGACCUACGCAGAAACCCGAAAAAGUUUUGGACGUUUGUAAAUUCGAAACGAAAAUGUUCCUCGGUUCCAUCUGAUGUUUACCUUGACGAUACCGAAUCAUCUUCUGAAUCCGAUUCGUGUGAACUAUUUGCUUCGUUCUUCUCGUCUGUUUUCGCCUGCGACCCUGGACCAACAAGGGCUACUGAUUGUGGUGCGUCGCUGGUCCCAGCCGAUUUCGUCGACAUCGAUGUCUUUGCGAUUACCCCGGAUAUGAUUACUGCUGCCGCAAAAAAAUUAAAAACAUCGUACUGUGCUGGGCCUGAUGGAAUUCCUGCCGUUGUAUUUUGCCGUUGCGCUGAAGCUUUAGCUAUGCCGCUUUGUUGUAUAUUCAACAAAUCAUUUGCACAGGGGAAAUUUCCUAAGAUUUGGAAGCAUUCAUUUAUGUUUCCGGUCUUUAAGAAUGGGGACCGCCGAAGUGUCAGAAAUUACCGUGGCAUUACCAAUUUGCCCGCUGCCUCCAAAUUGUUCGAAAUAAUUGUGGGUGGCGCCUUAAUUCAACGUACUCGACACUACAUUUCUUCCGACCAACACGGUUUCAUGGCUGGCCGCUCCGUGACAACAAAUCUCCUAGACUUCACCUCUAACUGCAUUGCCGUAAUGGAACGUAAGCUACAAGUGGAUGUGAUAUAUACCGAUUUAAAAGCCGCCUUCGACCGCAUAAAUCACCGCAUACUGCUUGACAAAAUCUUGCGACUGGGUGCCUCGCAACAAUUUGUCACAUGGCUACGCUCGUAUUUGUGUGAUAGGGUUCUGCAAGUGAAACUUGGGUCUAAGUUAUCGUUGCCGUUCACAAAUAUAUCUGGUGUACCUCAAGGCAUCCGACCGAUCCUCGAAAACGCGUGUAUAGUGUGGACUCCACACCAGCUGUAUUGGACCCUUCGAAUUGAACGAGUUCAGAGAAAGUUUAUACGACUGGCUCUACGUAAUCUGCCUUGGCGUGACCCAAACAAUUUGCCUCCGUAUCCUGACCGCUGCCGUUUGCUUGGAUUAGAUACAUUAGAAUGUCGACGUAAGAUUCAACAGGCUUUGUUCGUGGCCAAACUGUUAAAUGGAGAAAUUGACUCACCGAAAUUACUGUCGCUCAUGAAUUUCCGUGCAGCUGAAAGGACUUUGAGGCCGUCAUCAUUGCUGACUAACCUGUUUCACCGUACCGAAUUUGGCAGCAACGAACCAGUUACAUCGUGUGUCAGAGUGUUUAGCUGUGUUGAGGAGCAUUUCCAAUUUGGCGAAUCACUGAGUAAAUUUAAGCGGUUGGUGAGAACAAAUUUAUUAUAG